AGAAUAUUGUUAUUCCUUCAGUGUCACUGAGUCAAAAUCCUAGAACUUCCAUCCCUGACGGUAUUGUGGGUGCACCUACAGCAGAUGGACUGCAGUGAUUUAAGAAGGCAGCUCACCUUCACCACCUCAAAGGAAACCUGGUGCAGGCAAUAAAUGCUGGCUCAGCCAGUAAUGCCCAGAUCCAACUGGUAAAUUUAGAAAGAAUCUCUGGAGCAGCCACAGACAACCAACACAGUUGAGGAGCCUCUUGACCUGAUCCGACUCAGUUUGGAUGAGAGAAUUUACGUGAAAAUGAGAAACGACAGAGAACUUCGGGGGAGAUUACACGCCUACGAUCAGCAUUUAAACAUGAUUUUGGGUGAUGUUGAAGAAACUGUUACAACUGUAGAAAUCGACGAGGAAACGUAUGAGGAGAUAUACAAACUGCGCUUUAUUCAUCUACUGAAGUUGACUUCUAGCUCUCUAGCCCAGUAUCAUCCACUGACUAGUCACAGCUCUCCAGCAUCCACAGUUCUUGGUUUAGUUAUGUCAGUUAACCCUGGAUGUCCAAUCCCAAUGCCAGCUCUGAAGAUCCAUUUCACUGCGUCUUUACAGACUAUGUAGGAUCGCUAUCCAAAG